AUGGGGAUGAGAGGAAAUAAAAUGAUGUGGGUUAUUGGAGUAGAAGUAGUUGGGCUGAUGAAUAUUGCAGGUUACCUCACCCAGACCAAAGAAUUGCGUUGGCUGUCGUCUGUUUAUGACCUAACAGGAGCAAUUAGCUCUUUACUCUUCAAGGGAUAUAACAAGCUUAACGACAAAGAGAAGCUCGAAUGGAACAACAAUCUUUUUGAUGAGGCUCAAGAUGGGUUGAUAGUCCACAGAUCAUCAACUUUAUCUGACGCUGUAUUAGGGGUAUCAAUUGGGUACUUUCUGUCUGACUUGUCAAUGAUUUUUUAUCACUAUCCGGCUUUAGGAGGGAUGGAGUAUGUGGCAAGGGUCGUUUUGUUCAUGUUCUUCUUCUACCACAUUUUUAUCCAUUAUGAUCAGGUCAAGCAGAUCUUCCCAUUGGGUUUCUACAGCUUGUUUACGGUACCUGCAGUGGUGUCACUAAUGAACUGUGUUUUGGUUCUGGAAAAUCACGAGAGGCAUGGUGAAAACCUUGAGAAAGGCUAG